CCUCCCUCAAAACCCUAUCGCCUCCACCGCCUCAACCCGGACGCAGCAGCCGCAGCGGAAGAGGGAAGCGAAGCAAGCGAAGCUCGAGGGGAGAUGGCGCGCGGCGUGGCGGCGGCGGCGGGGGGCAAGGGCGGCGCCGGGAAGAAGAAGGGCUCCGUCACCUUCGUCAUCGACUGCGCCAAGCCCGUCGACGACAAGAUCAUGGAGAUCGCGUCGCUCGAGAAGUUCCUGCAGGAGCGCAUCAAGGUCGCCGGAGGCAAGGCCGGCAACCUCGGCGAGUCCGUCACCGUCUCCCGCGACAAGACCAAGGUCACCGUCACCUCCGACGGGCCCUUCUCCAAGAGGUACCUGAAGUACUUGACCAAGAAGUACCUGAAGAAGCACAAUGUGCGUGACUGGCUACGGGUGAUUGCAUCCAACAAGGACCGCAACGUGUACGAGCUCCGGUACUUCAACAUCGCCGAGAACGAGGGCGAGGAGGAGGAUUAGAUGCACUGCCUUUUUCUAUGUCUUGUGAACUUUUGAACUUGCUGGAACACUAUGCUGUAGUCACUGAAGAGAAGAAUUUUGAUGUUUCAUUUAUCAAUGUUUCCCUGUGUGCUUAAAACCUAUGCUUAGGUAAGCAAGUUGAAGAAUUAUUGGUUCUCACCUUUGCAGUUGAGCAGUGUGCAUUUUUAAAGUUUUAACUGGAACCUGAUGGAGCUGUUAGUGCUGUUGGUUCAUCAGCUGAUACUGAAUCGAGCACAUCAGCUUUUACUAUGGCCAAUAUCACUCGGAAUAAAUCCGAUUCAUUAUUGUGUUA